AUUCGACAAUGGACAAAUAAAGUUUAGGAUUAUUUGUACUUUGUUUGGUUAGAUUAUUAUGCGGCGUGCAUAUUUUAUUAUAGACUUAAGAAAGUUUUAACGUAAUUAAAAAGAAUUAUUAAUAAAAUGGGCAAUGUGUCUAGAAGACUUUCGCGACCAUUUAAAAAUUAUAAUAUCGAGAAUCGAGCUCAUAGGGAAAUUGCAAAAGAUAAACCCAAAGUAGCACCAUCUUAUAAAAUGAAACAAACACAAAUUAACUUAGUAAAUGAAUUGGAACCAGAUUAUAAAGUAACUUCGCAAACAAAAAAUAUUGAACUAGACAACAAUCUUAAAAAAAUAUAUGUGAAAUCCUAUGAUAAUUCGGUACCAGAUAAUAAUAGAAGUGAGGAUCCAGAAAGAAAUUUGCCAAAAGAAAGAUUGAGACCUGAGUUGUCUGAAUUCGGAUUUUAUGAAUCACAGGAAGUAGUAAAGGGUAAAAUAAGUUUGCGCCAAGCUAUACAAAUGAUUGAUAAACACAGCAAAGAUCCAAUAAUAUAUAACUCGGAGUAUUUGGCAAAAGAGUACUAUUUAGAGAAAAAGCUUGUAGAUUACAAGCUUCAUAUUAAAUUGUAG